GAAAAAAAGAAAGAAAAAAGAAAGGGAGAAAAGAGAAAACAGAACAAGAAAAUAAAAGGAGAAAAAGAAGGAGAAGGAAGGCGAUACCAACACGACGUGGAAACUUUUCUGUCUGAUCGCUUCCCCAAGUCCCGAAAAGCCGGGAUGGAGUUGGAGAAAACCUUCGCGACACCCCGGGCCGGCCGCACAGGACAUGGAGGCGUGAAUCAGCUGGGGGGUGUUUUCGUGAACGGCCGCCCCCUCCCAGAUGUCGUUCGCCAAAGGAUCGUGGAGCUCGCCCACCAAGGGGUCCGGCCGUGUGACAUCUCCCGGCAGCUCCGCGUCAGCCACGGCUGCGUCAGCAAAAUACUUGGCAGGUAUUACGAAACCGGGAGUAUUAAGCCUGGAGUGAUUGGAGGAUCAAAACCAAAGGUCGCCACACCCAAAGUCGUUGAAAAAAUUGCAGAGUACAAACGCCAAAAUCCCACCAUGUUUGCCUGGGAGAUCAGGGAUAGACUCCUCGCUGAGCGAGUGUGUGACAACGACACCGUGCCCAGCGUCAGUUCCAUUAACAGGAUCAUACGGACGAAGGUGCAGCAGCCACCCAAUCAGCAGGUCCCAGCCUCCAGUCACAGCAUAGCCUCCACGGGGUCUGUGACCCAGGUGUCCUCCGUCAGCACCGACUCGGCCGGCUCGUCCUACUCCAUCAGCGGGAUCCUGGGAAUCGCCUCCCCCGGCACCGAGAGCAACAAGCGCAAGAGGGAUGAAGGUAUCCAGGAGUCUCCAGUACCAAAUGGCCAUUCUCUCCCAGGAAGAGAUUUUCUUCGGAAACAGAUGCGAGGAGACCUUUUCACCCAGCAGCAACUAGAGGUGUUGGAUCGAGUCUUCGAGAGGCAACAUUAUUCUGACAUUUUCACAACAACUGAGCCCAUCAAACCGGAGCAGUGGUGCUCCAUGCUGAUGAGACAGUGCGUGGUACAACCGCAGGCAGUCAUUUUUCAGGCAACUGAAUACUCAGCCAUGGCAUCAUUAGCUGGUGGAUUAGAUGACAUGAAGGCCAAUAUAACCAGCCCUACUUCUGCAGAUUUGGGAGCGAGCGUUCCUGGGCCUCAGUCAUAUCCUAUCGUCACAGGUCGCGAGCUGGCAAGCACAACCCUCCCAGGAUACCCCCCGCACGUCCCUCCCGCCGGACAGGGCAGCUACUCCGCUCCAGCGCUGACAGGAAUGGUGCCUGGGAGCGAGUUUUCUGGGAGCCCAUACAGCCACCCACAAUAUUCGACGUACAACGACUCCUGGAGGUUUCCCAACCCUGGACUCCUCGGGUCCCCGUACUACUACAGUGCCGCGGCCCGCGGGGCUGCCCCGCCGGCGGCCGCCGCUGCCUACGACCGGCACUGACGGCGUGCACCGCCCCGGACCACCGCCGAGGCGACGACGGCCCACCCGGCAGCAGCGCGCUCGCCGGGAUUUCGCUCUCUUCAAACGCGGGGUGAACACUGAUUGUUGUUGUGUGCCGGUCGGUCGCGUGGGCUGGGUCUCGGAUUGAACGAAGGAACCGGAGGAAGCGGUCCUCCUGGCGCUCUGUGUGAUCGAAAACGCGCAGUGGCUUCAUGUCUUUUGCAGCCGGCUGGCUACUGCUUUAAUCGCCUGCGGGUGCCACGGCUGUAUCUGGGGAUAAGGAAGAGGCGUGAGCAGCCCCCCUUGGGGCAGCUUCCUCUUGCUGCACACUGAAACAGGCUGUGAGACUCAAGGCAAUUUUUUUUUUAUUUUAUUUUAUUUUAUUUUUUUGGUGGCAAAGAAAAUAUCAGUCUGCUCAAUUUUACACAAGCACCACUGUAAAUACUUGCUUGUUUGUACUACUAUAAGAGUGGCUUAAGCAUAAGCAGCAACAUUGUACAAAUAUGAACUCAAAACGCAUCUGAAAAUGUGUUUUGAGACUGGUGCACUGAUUCAAAGAAUUCAGUAAGCUUUAAGCAACUUUGAACCAGGUUAACACUCAUUGUGGCUAUAUUCCAGGCUGCUGUUAUUUCUGUACAGAGCAUCCUAUCUGACAGUCGUGUGUGAUAACGCUAUAUGCUGGUAUCAAACACAUGGGCAACUGAAAGACAUGGGCAGUU